AUCCCCUCAACCGGAAGCUGCUCCGCCACCAAGGCAGCCCCUGCUGUAUGUUUCAAAGUACCAUGGAACCCACACCCGAGUUUGUUGAAGAGGAAGUUAGAGGUGCAUUAGAAGUUACCUCCUCCACUGGAAAAUUUUGGCUGGAUUGGGACAAACUGAAGAAUAUGCUAUCCUUUCAGCUGAAGCAGGUUUUGUUAGAGUAUCCUGAGUCAAAAAUGGCUACAGAGCAGCAAAAUGCCUCAUUAGGAGAAACUUUCCCACAUCUUGUGAAACGAUUGGAUGAAGAGCUACGAGCUUUUAUUCAAGGCCCCCCCUUUACACUUCAGAGAAUCUGUGAGAUUUUAUUAGCUGCAAGAAGCAUCUAUCCAAAUCUCUCAAAGCUUGCUCUAGCACUAGAAAAGAAUUUGCUGGUAACCUCAACGAUAACAGUCUGCACUGAUGCAUACCCACAAACAACAAUGCCAAAUUCCAAUGAACAAGACAAAGCAAGUGAAGAACCACCACCACCAACACUGUCCAACUCGAUGCCAAAUGGGGUUGAAGCCACAGGAGACAGGGAUGAAGUAAUGACAGAGGUAGAGGAGGCCAAUAUCAAUCACAAUAUAAGCACAGACAUGGAUAGCUUCCAAGAAAUGGUUGGACCAUCAGAAACCAAUGCUGCACCAACUGAGAAUUCUUAGGUUGACAGUCUACCUGCGAUCUAUAUCAUUGAAGCAUUUCAAAAUUAAGGAUUCACUUGGCACAUGCUACCUACAAUGAAUUUGCAGAUUUAAGACUCCUUUAACAUGGCUUCACGGGUCAACUCAGCUAUCCUAUUUGUAUUCUGAUACACAGUCAGGGAAAACCUUAUAGAUAGCAGUAACAAGCCAAUUAGUCUAUUGCUUUGAGCUGUAUUAGUCAAUACUGAAAUUUUAUUCAUUGCCUAAACUCAAGUGGUGUCAACUUGGCUGAACUCAACUCAGCUGCAUUGGAUUCUUAAUCAGACACAUUCUACUCUCC